AUGUCGGCCCGGCCCAAUGACAUUCGUCGGGUUGCCAACUUCGUCUCUGCCCAACCCAGCCCGACUGACUCCCCGUCCACGGCUCCGCCAGCGGGAAUGACGCCUCCUCCCCGCGAGCGGGUCCCUCGGGCCUGUGAACACUGCCGGGCCCGCAAGAUCAAAUGCAAUGGCCAGCAGCCGUGCAAUGCCUGCGCGCGCCAUCCAGAGCGAUGUCUCUACCGGACAGGAAGCAUUCGCCAGAGGAAGAACCGUCGCACCAAGGAAGCCCCGCGACCACCAGCUACCUUACUCCCUCUCCCGACCACCGACUCGCCGACUACUCCAAGCGACUGGUCCCACACCAGUUUAAGCGAUGGCCCGGCGCAGUAUAAGCGACACCAUGAGCUCCGUGCUGGCAUCGGCGUACAGAACCCGGAGACCGGGGCAUUUCAGUUCUAUGGACCCUCUUCCGGCUUCUGCUUCAUCCACCGGGUCUACCAACGCAUCAAGCAAGGCUCGUCUAGUGAGCCGCUGCUUGCUCGACGGAGCUGCUCCAUUCCAGAUGCUAUCCACCGAUUUGGUCUGGAGCGCUUCAUGUUUGCCCGGCCAGGAGAUUCGGAUCCGCGGCGGACUCAUUUUCCAUCUCAGAUGUUCCUCCCCAGGGAGUUGGGGGAUCAGUUCAUUGAGGCCUAUUUCCGCAUUAUGCACCCACAGAUACCCAUCCUCAUAAAGUCCGAGAUUGACGAUGCUUGGAACCAAAUGUGGGAGUCUCCUGUACGCGACCACAGCGUUAAAAAUCAGGACAUCCUAUUCAUGGUGCUGGCUAUCGGCGCUCGGGUCGCCAACCUGAAGGGGAAGCAACCCGAAAGCAGUGUCGCGGCUUGGGCCGAUUACUUUUCCAGUCGAGUAUCUGAGGGGCCCAUCUUUCUGCAGGAACCGAGUAUCAGAGGUGUACACUUGAUGCUGCUGAAGCUGAUGCGACAAAACGAUGCUUAUCUUUACCUGGGUCACGCCACUCGCACCUGUCUCGUACUAGGUUUGCACCGGGCUCAGGUCACCGAUGGCCGCGAUCCCACCGUACACCGGCUGCGUUUGACCUUUUGGACGACGUUCUUUUGCGAGCGCAUAUCUUCUCUGUACAUGGGCCGUCCGUCGAGCCUUUCUGACCGACAAAUUGACACAGCCUAUCCCGAGGACCUGCCGCCGAAUCCCUAUGACAGCACUUGUGCGCCCAUGCAAGAAUGCGCAUUCAUCCGAGCCAUGGGCGAGAUCGCCAAGCUGGCGGAUCGCAUCUCUAUCGAGAUAUAUUCGCCGGCCAGCAUUAAAAACCCUACGGACCUGGACAAGCUCAACCAAAUCAGCGUUGAAUGCGACCACGCCCUCCAAGCUGUCACCCCGACACUACCAAGUUACCUGCACUUCUUCGAUGACAGCGUUCCAAUUGGCGAGCCCUGGCAGGAGAUCCAACGCCUGAGUCUUGGAUUCUGCUACUACGUCGUCCGGAUGCUCCUCUCCCGCCCGGCACUGGUGCUUACCACAUUUUUCUCCUCGGUACAAGAAGCCCAGAUCGCCACUGGCUGCACUGAGCUCCAAUCUUUCAUCAAUUCAUCGACUUCCGCAGCGCGGAAUUUGAUCCACCUCGCUCAUGACGUCUAUUUCCGUCGUUUCCCAGAUAUACGCUAUGACGGAGCUCUAGCUUCGUUCCUUCUGUCUGCGUCACUGACUCUCUUAUAUGAUGUGCUCAAUCUAGGAACUGAUCCAGACCGAGCUAGGCAGACAUUCACAGUCGUGGAAAAGGCGAUAAAGUGCCUCGAUGAGAUAGAGCAUACGGGGUACACGUCGGGCAAGGCGUUGAGCCUGGACCUGAUGAGAGUGGCCAAGCAAGCGGUGCAAGCGGCAGAUCCGGUGGUGGACACUAAUCAGGUCUUGAUGGAUGCGUUCCCGUGGUUAGAGUAUGUUUCCCCCUCUUGUUGUCAGACUAUGCUGACUGAGUAG